GAUGAUUCUGAAUGGGAAGUUAAAAUACCUUCAGAGGACACAACUGACGCACAUAUCAAGUACAGUGUCAGCUCCUCUGAAGGGCAGCAUGAAUGUUCAGAGACUGGCAUCCGCUGGCGGUCUGACAGUGACGUCAGUUUGGAGUAUCGGUUUGUUGACUGGAAAUCACUCAGUAAAGAUAUUAUGAAGAAAUACAAACCAUGUGGACCUUUGAUGGACAUCACUGUAACCUCUGGCACACUGGAGGAAAUUCAGCUACCUCACUUUGCCUGUGUAGAUUUUGAAUCUUCCUCAGAUGAUGCAGUGAAAGCUCUUCAUGUAAAGGACGGCACUGUUUCAUUGGAAAGAUGUGAAUUAAGCAGAUUCCAUGCCAAGCUUCUCAAUCCCACCUUCUCAUUCUUGGCAAUUGUUGUAGAGGUGCAACAGUACCUCACCAUGAAAUUUCACUGUGAAACUUUGAUUUAUC